AGGAAGGAAGAUGAAAUUAGAUCCGCAGCACAGGAAGAGGUGUACAUAGUGAAACUGAACAACAAAAAAAAAACAUUAAAAAAAAGACAAUGCAACGUUGCUGGAACCUUGUCUGCAAUUCAGUGAGAAGAAAAAAACCGGUUGCUUGCAACGUGAGUAAGCCUCAUCCUGACUUUGUCCUUGGACUGGAGGGCAUCCAAAAAGAGACUGGAAUCCAGCUUUUAUCAUAAAAACUCUCAGCCCUUGAUCAAGACAGGAUAUCCUGGUUCAAAACUGGGUUCUUCUAAACAAGGACACGGACUCAAAAAUUUAAGUGCUCAAAAUCCAGACCUUUGGCUCUCUGCAGUUGGAAGUUGGAUUUAAAAUGAAAGCUCCAAGAAAUCUGGAAGGAACCUGAAGAAAUAAUCAUGGAUAAAGGCUUUUCCGAUAAGACGUCCCAUGUCAUGCAUUAAGUAGAGGGUUGUGAAGGGCGAACGAGGUGGAAAUUGUCUGCUACAUGCCGUCAAUGCCCUAUUGCAGCUAAUGAUCCCAGCAGACCUCUGAUGGAUGAACCAAUGGUCCAAAGGCACAUUGAGGGUCUUCAGACCUGGUGUGGUGCUAACCCAGAACUCAUCCCUUUGGAGAAGUUGACCGAUCUCCUCCUUUUGGAAGGGCUGAGCGAUCUCCAGCAGAAGCAACACGAUUUUAUACAGAUGGAAACCACCAACGGCUUAAGGGACGUCUCCAAAAAGAUCCCUUUGGAGAAGCUCUUCCUGCCUCUCUCCAAGUUCAGCAGACCUCCAAGGAUCUCGGUGACGAUCGGUGUGGCGGGAAUCGGCAAGAGCACCUUGGUCAAAUUCUUUGUCCACGCUUGGGCAAAGGGAGAGAUCAGCAAAAAAUUUACGUUUGUUUUGCCCCUCACUUUUCGGGAGCUGAACGCUUAUGAAAAGCUCUCGGCUGAGAAGCUGGUCAGGCUGGCAGUCCCCCAUUUAACGGAUCAGAGCCUUCUUCCCGUGAUGAGCAGUGCCAGAACCCUUCUGAUUCUUGAUGGACUGGAUGAAUUCAAGACGCUUCUAGAUUUUUCCAGCACAGCGGUGUGCACAGACCUCCAGAAGGAAAUCCAAGUGGACAACCUAAUCACCAACAUCAUCCGAGGCAACCUGUUGCAAGAGACAUCCAUCUGGAUUACUUCCCGGCCAACAGCAACCAGCCAAAUCCCAGGCGGUCUUGUAGAUCGGAUGACCGAGGUACAAGGUUUUGGAGAUACGGAAAUCAAAAACUAUUUAGAUCACAUGUUCACUGAAAACCAAAGCUUAGCAGAGGGCGUGAUGCAACAACUCAAGACCAACAGAUCCUUGUAUGCCCUCUGCACCGUGCCGGCAUUUUGCUGCAUCUGUGGAUUCUCAAUGGGCCAUUUACUAAAGAGUGCUGAUCUCUCUCCUGAAACUUCAGCGGUUCCCAAGACUUUGUCGGGGAUCUAUUCCUAUUACUUUAAAAUAUUGCUGUGCAAUGAUUGGCAAGGGAAACAGAAGGAAGUCCUCCGGAUUGAACCUAUGGUGAACAACUGCAAGAAGAUGAUGAGCGGGCUGGGCCGGCUGGCAUUUUACGGCCUGAUCAAGAGAAAGUACAUGUUUUUUGAGCAGGACAUGAAAGCCUACGGAGUUGACCUCUCUUCCCUCCACUCCAGUUUGUCCAGUAGGAUCUUGCUUAAGGAAGAGACUCCAUUUUCUGUCAUCUACUAUUUCUCUCACCUAACAUUUCAGGAAUACCUAGCUGCUACCUAUUAUUAUUCUGUGGCAAAGCGUGCCCUAUUUGACCUCUUCGUUGAAAGUGGCAUGUCUUGGCCCAAGCUGGGCUUUGUCAACCAUGUAAAAAAUGCCAUCCAGAGAUCCUUACAAUCCGAGGAUGGACACUUGGACAUCUUUAUACGCUUCCUGGUUGGUCUCCUUUCCUCACCGGUAAACAAAGUCUUGUCCGAUUGGUUCCUGGUGAGGGAUGAACACCACGGCUACCGGAGUCAUGUGGUCGGCCUCUUCCAGAAUUUUCUGGGAGUGGACCAAAUUGUCUCCUGUAGGACUGUGAACCUCAUGCGGUGCUUACAUGAGCUUCAGCACACUGAGGUGGCUGCCAACGUUGAGGAGGCCUUGAAAACCGAGAACUUAGCUGGAAUGUUGACCCCAAUUAAUUGCUCCGCUUUGGCUUAUGUUCUACAGACAUCAGAGGCAUGUGUGGAAGAAGCCAAUCUCUCUAACUGUCUCACUUAUCACAUCUUGCAAAGUCUUCUCUCCCAGCUUCUUUACUGCCACAGUCUCAAGUUGGAUUGCAACCAACUGAAAGACAGUGCCAUGGACCUCCUUGGCAGUGUUCUGAGCAGAAAAGACUGCCAGAUUCAAAAACUCAGCUUGGCAGAAAACCAGAUUGGUACGAAAGGAGCGAAAGCUCUCGCUAAAUCCCUGAUGGUCAACAGGAGCCUUUUAGCUCUGGAUCUUCGGAGUAAUGCCAUUGGGCCCAACGGGGCAAAGGUGCUUGCUGACUCCUUGAAAAACAACCAGCACUUGCUUUCGCUAAACCUUCAAAGCAACCUGAUCAAGGACAAAGGGGCAGCUGGCCUGGCGGAGGUGCUUGUCAGCAACCAAACUCUGAUGACUCUGCACCUCCAGAAGAACGGAGUGGGACCGCAAGGUUCAAAGCAGCUGGCCGAAGCCCUGAAGAAGAACUGGGGCCUGAGGGACCUCAUUUUGUCGGGAAACUGUGUUGGUGACAUGGGUGCAGCAGCUUUGGCUGAAGGACUAAGGUUGAAUCACACCCUUCUAACCCUGGACCUCCAGAGCAAUUCCGUCAGCGACACCGGAGUGACAGCACUCACACGUGCUCUCUGCUGCAACCAAGGUCUCGCCAGCCUCAAUCUACGGGAAAACUCCAUAAGCCAAGAGGGAGCACAAGCCAUCGCCCACGCGCUGCGAGUUAACCGUACCCUGAAGGAUCUGGACUUGGCGGCCAACUUGCUCCAUGACGAAGGGAUCCACGCCAUUGCCCAAGCGUUGAAGGAGAACCAAGCCCUGAUUUCCCUACACUUGCAAUGGAAUUUCAUUCAGGCCAAAGCAGCCAAGGCCCUGAACCUGGCUUUACAAUGUAACAAGAGCCUGACCAUCUUGGAUUUACAAGAAAAUGCCAUCGGGGAUGAAGGAACGGUUGCUUUGGCCUCUGCUCUGCGGGUGAACUCAACGCUUGAGGCACUCUACCUGCAGGUGGCAGCAAUCGGGGCAAGUGGGGCCACAGCACUGGCAGAAGCCUUGGUGGUUAACAAGAGCCUUGCCGUGUUGGACCUUAGAGGAAACUCCAUUGGCUUGAGGGGAGCCAAGGCUAUGGCCCACUCCUUGAAAGUUAAUAGCACCCUCCGCAGGUUGAAUCUCCAGGAGAACUCCUUGGGCAUGGAUGGGGCGAUCUGCAUUGCCACAGCACUGACGGGAAGCCACAACCUCACCUACAUCAACUUACUGGGAAAUAAAAUUGGUGAAUCAGGAGCUAAGGUGAUUUCCGACGCCAUCCGAGCAAAUACCCCCAGCUGUGUGGUGGAGAUAUAAAGCACAGUUGGGACUAUGUUGGAAGAAGAGUGUGACGUUUCACUCUCCCCUGGAUGGAUGCCUUCCCUGUGCCCGGCCCAUUGACUGAGGACAUGGUGAAAGGAUGGGUGUCCUGAAGACCCAGGACAGACCUGAAGGGGAGAUGCAGCCAUGAAACUGCGAUCAAAGAGAAGCCCAACUCACUCUCCACCAAUCAUGACAUUCUUGAUUUUUGCUCCUGCGAGGAGGGUGCUCAGAUGAAGCAGCGUUACAAAACUGAUUUGAAAGAGGCCAAUAGGUUGAUUUUGGAAUAACGUUUCUUGAAUUUCUUAACUGGGGACAAAGAUACAAGAGCAAAGGAAAGGGAGAGGAGGCGAGGAGCAAUUUACUUGCAAAAUGCAAGAAUGUUAUGGUCAAAAUCAAAAGGAAAACAAAAAUGUUAUUUAUUGGCCUACAGUUGAGAACUGAGCUGAUCGGUACAGAACAAUACGUGUUGGCUUGAGCAAAAUGGUCUAUCAAACACUUCAAUGAAUCUGAAAAGAGAAGGACCAGGGAUUGCAUUAGAGUUGUAUAUGAUUCAUUUGGUGAAAAUAAACUCUAUUUUCCCUAGAGCUAUUUUUUCCUCAGGUGAGAGUUUCUCCUCAAUAGGCCAACUUGGAAUUGGCUCUACCAAUAGCUUCAAGGACAAAUGGGAGGGGCCAUCAGCCACUCCUUUUGGGGGAUUUUCUCCACUUUGCUCAAGUGACAAUUUUGUCUUGAUCUUUGA